AUGGCCGAUGGGUGUAGCGCCGCGGACGUGGUGUUCCGGAGCAUCUCGCUCCGACCAUUUCUGAAUCAUCCUGGUCUCGAUACCGAAGGUGUGGCUUUUCACAAGCCCAUCCCGGUGCAUACUUCUGAGGCCACCGGCCUCACCGCGCCCUUCGAGGAGCUGCGGUUCCCGUCCGCGUCGCCGGCGUCGCCGCGCGGUCCCGGCGCGGCAGCGCAGCGGCGCCGGGAGCGCGGCGCUGGGCGCGUGCACCGAGGGGUGCCAGGCCCAGUUGGUUCCGGGGGAGCUCUUGGGGAUCUUUGUGGCACGGACCGGGAAAGGACGGACAGGGAGACAUUUGGCAGAAAAAGAGCACAGUGGCACAUCGUGAUCCAAGAGCACGGUUUUGGUGGUGAUGGGUCGCUCAGUGACGCUCAGUCAGUGAUUUUGGGGGGGGGGGCCGGUCAUCACGUGGUGCCAGGCCUCAGACCGACCGGUCUGGAGACGGAAACGAGCCGCGCCACGCGUGAACGAGCCGCGCCAAGGCAAGAGGAGUCCACCUCGGUGCCCAUCUGCAUAGGCCAAGUGGAUCGUCGCACCUGGCCGAAGCGAGCCAAGCAGGGCGAGGAACUGCCGCGGUUUUCCGAGGAGCCCGAUGAUCCGCGCGUCUUCGUGCCCGCGCAUCGCAUUGGGGAUGCUCCGAAGAGAUCUUUUCUGCCAGUCAGUGAUAGGAAAGACGACAGGCCGAGGAGGCACUCCGAGAAGCGAUCAUUUGGACACUCGUCUUUGCCAUGCCUCUCUGGCAAGCAGAUGAAACUGCACAGCUCCUCACAGCCUGUGCUGAAAGCGCCGGUGGAAAAGUCUUCAUUGGCCAAUGCAGGUCUCUUGCAGUUCAUGCUGCCUGGCUUGGGCUUUCCUCCCCUGGCUGAAGAGGCCAGAGUUUUUGCCGGUCCAUUUCUGGGGCUCAAAGAACCUCCAGAGAACGCCCUUGCGCAUCACUUCCACCAUCCUCGGCCCAACGUCUCAAAAAGAUACGUCGAGAAAAAGGAGGUCAUGGCGCCGAUCGUGGAAGUCAUGGAGGUCCCGCCCUUGAUGUGCAACUGUACCAUCCUGGGAGAUUCGGACACCAAAGAAGCCAUCGUCGUAGAUCCCGGAGGCGAUGUGGACAAGAUUCUGGCCAAGCUGAAAUCUCAUGGCCUUUCUUGCAAGAGGAUCCUAAUUACGCACGGUCAUCUGGACCAUAUCAUUGGGGCAACGGAGUUGAAAAAGGCGACAGGUGCAAUGAUCCUGAUGAAUCAGAAUGACUUGUCCUUGUACCAAAAGGUGAAGGAGCAGUGUAGAGACUUCCGGAUUCCACCCCCGCCGGACGCCUUACUGCCUCCGGACGACUUCCUGUCGGAUGGCGAUGUGGUGCAGUGGGGUCCAGAGUUGACCGUGAAAUGCUUGCACUGUCCCGGGCAUACCCCCGGUUCCUUGUCCUAUUACUUCGAGCAGCAGAAGAUCGUGUGCCCCGGUGACACCUUGUUCCAGGGCUCUGUAGGCCGCACCAGCUGGGCUGGCAUCCCGUCGCUGCAGGGCACCAGCGACGCUCAGAUGAUCAUCGGAAGUAUCAAGGCAAAGCUCCUGACGCUGGACGGUGAUGUGCGAGUGAUCUCGGGCCAUGGGCCGGAGACGACCAUUGGUCUGGAGAAGGCCACGAAUAUGUUUCUGAGGAUGUAG